ACCAACAUUACCACCGUCGGGUCUUGUGGUCUCCCCCUUAGCUCCAUGGAUAAUGUGGAACCUCUGGAAGGCAAGGAAUUUCCUCAUCUUUGAGGGCCGCUCUUUCUCGGAACAAGACAUCGUUCUCAAGUCUCUGAAGGAAGCAAAGGAUUGGCAAGCAGCUCAGUUGGCCUUGCCAAAGACUGUGAGUAAACCCCUGGCUAAGACUGUUCCAUCCAGCAGGGAGUUGGUGCAUACAUGCUUCACUGACGCAGCGUGGAGUGCUUCUACGGGUGUGUGCGGCCAAGGAUGGAUCUUUCUUGACCCCCAAGGUAACGCACCACUACGUUUCUCGACUUCACGCAGUUUUGUAGGCUCAGCCCUAACCGCAGAAGCAUUGGCAGUCCGGAGCGCUCUAAAUGCUUUAAAGACGGUGCCAGAACUCUCUUCGAUCAGAAGGCUUGAAGUUCACUCUGACUCACAUGUCCUAGUCUCUACCCUCAACUCUAAAGCUAGCUCAAAAGAGCUCAAAGCAAUCAUUCACGACAUAGCCUGCCUUGGUGCAGAGCUGUCCUCUAUCUCGUUUCAUUUCGUUCCUAGGUUGAACAAUGUAAUCGCUGAUUCUCUAGCUAAGGCUGCCCUGUUUGCAGCGAAUGCUUUCUCCCCCAGAGGAGUGUAAUCUCUUCCCAUUAAUAUCAUUAAUAGU